UGGCCUCGUGGAAUUUAGAACGUUACCUCAACCAAUGGGGCCUCGCGUCCAGCUGGCGGGGCUCCUCAUUGGGGGACAGGGAGGCGAGCGAGUGGAGGGCCCCGGGAGGGAGCCGGCGAGGUGCGGGUCGGAGGCCGGGCUACGCGGUGCCCUGCGCGUGAGCAGCUGCAGCGGCAGAGGGAGACUCCAGCGGUGGUGCCUGCAGUCCAGCCCGUUGCUUUACUUUUUUUCCUGCAACACCAUAGUCAUUAUGCCGAAGAGAAAGUCUCCAGAGAAUACAGAGGGCAAAGAUGGAUCCAAAGUAACUAAACAGGAGCCCACAAGACGGUCUGCCAGAUUGUCUGCAAAACCUGCUCCACCGAAACCUGAGCCUAAACCAAGAAAAACAUCUGCUAAGAAAGAACCUGGGACAAAGAUUAGCAGAGGUGCUAAAGGGAAGAAGGAGGAAAAGCAGGAAGCUGGAAAGGAAGGUACUGCACCAUCUGAAAAUGGUGAAACUAAAGCUGAAGAGAUCCGCAUCUCUCGCUCAACUGUUAAUGUCUCAGCCUCCAGAAGUGCCCCACCCAGCACACUGUCAGUAAAGGGGCAGCUUGAAACAGUGAAAGUUAAGGGUACAGUAGAAAAUUCUGCAUGUUUGCAGUGACUAGCAUCAGAUAGUUGUGUGGUGUUUUUUAUUAUGAGCAGUGGGAGCUUGCAGGUAAGGCUUCUGUGGUUGGAAAAACAGAAAGCAGUAAACAUGGCAGAGUGUUGGCAUAGUGUAUUCCUGCCUUGUAUGUUUUCCACCCAGAGUUGAAGUAGGCUGUACAGUAGAGUUCAAAAAAUUGUUCAAAAGUGUGUUUGUUGGUGGGUGGGCAUUUCUUUGGUUAUAGUCAUUUUAAUGGCAACUAAAUCUUUCUUUUUUCUUUUUUUCCCACAGGCACAGAAAACUGAAUCUGUAGAUAACAAGGGAGAAUGAAUUGCCAUGAAAACUUGGGGUUGAUUUUAUGUACCUCUUGGGACAACUUUUAAAAGCUAUUUUUACCAAGUAUUUUGUAAAUGCUAAUUUUUUAGGACUCUGCUAGUUGGCAUACAAUAUAUAUAAAGAUGGACAUUUUACCUUCUCAUAUUCAUGCUUUUUGGAAGUUUCUGUCAUCCUCAAGUAAAAUAAAUAUCAAUUUAAUAUUGGAAGCUGUGUGUAAAAUUGAUUCAGCAUUCCAUACACCUGAUUUAAAAAUUGAGUCCUGUGUAUACUGUGCUGUUUUUAUUGUGGAUAUUUGAAUUUUUCAUGCAGCUUUUCUAGAGCAAUAAUCAGUGGUGCUUUUGUACCUAGGUUUUAUGUGAUUUUAAUGAAAUAUGGAUAGUUGUGGCCACCUGCUGACUAUUUGUGGUUUAAAGUAAAAGGUUUUCUUGUCUGCA